AUGACUGAUACGAUUGAGCUCUCGGCAAUCAGAGAUCACCAUGGGAUCUCUCCACCGGAUAAUCUAGACGCCCCAAACCAUCCACAUGAUGUAGGGACACAGCGGAAGAAAGUGCAGGUUAUCGCUAUUAUGCUGGCACUCUGUUUGUCCCUCUUUGUCGCUGCGCUUGACCAGACAAUUGUUGCGACCUCGUUACCCACGAUCUCUGCCCAGCUUCAUUCGGCAGAUGGAUACACCUGGGUAGGAGGAGCCUAUCUAUUGGCAAAUGCGGCGGCUGCACCCAUUUGGGCCAAACUCUCCGAUAUCUGGGGCCGCAAACCGAUCCUGCUGAUUACCGUUGUAUGGUUCUUACUCAGCUCCAUCAUCUGUGCAGCGGCAGUCGAUAUGACGAUGUUAAUUGUUGGCCGAGCCCUGCAAGGCACUGCGGGGGGUGGGUUAAUGCAGCUUGUCAUGAUUGUCGUCUCGGAUCUGUUCAGCGUAAGACAUCGAAGCCUUUAUCUAGGGAUUCUGGAGUUUAUGUGGACCAUCUCUGGCGGACUUGGACCAGUCCUCGGUGGUGUCUUUUCGGAAUACGUCUCCUGGAGGUGGAAUUUCUGGAUCAAUUUGCCAACCUGCGGGCUUGCAUUUGCUUUGCUGUCCUUAUUCCUAGACGUCCAUAAUCCUAGGACUAAGGUAUGGGAUGGCAUCAGAGCGAUUGACUGGAUUGGGAGUCUCUCAGUGCUAGGUGUCACCCUUAUGCUGCUUCUUGGCUUGAACUUUGGCGGAGAAACUUUUGCCUGGAGUUCUCCUCAAGUCAUCUGCCUGAUAGUCUUUGGGUCUCUAUUCCUGAUCGUCUUCUUUUAUGCGGAAAAAUACAUUGCCAAGUACCCGCUUAUGCCGCUUCAUGUCCUUAAGCCCAGAUCGAACCUUGCCGUGUCCUUGGUUACCUUCUUCCAUGGAUUUGUAUUUAUCGGCUGUGAAUACUACCUCCCGCUCUAUUUCCAGUCUGUCAAGCAGGCAAGCCCUAUGCGAUCCGGACUCCUAGUCCUGCCUCUUGUGCUGGCUGAAGGUCUGUUCAGCGGAGCAUCGGGCUGGCUCAUUCAUCGGACCGGCCGAUAUGUUGAACAAAUAUGGAUUGGAACUUUCCUACUCACAGUUGGAACGGGGCUAUUCAUUCGCCUUAACUCCACAUCAUCGCUGACUGAGAUCGCCAUUGUCCAGAUCAUCAGCGGAGCGGGUUCGGCUCUCCUAUUUGAGCCGCCGUUGAUCGCCUUGCAAUCCCUGAUCGCGCAGGAGGAUACCGCAAGCGGGACCGCCAUGCUCGGUUUCAUUCGAACAAUGGCCAUGUCGGUCUCAAUAGUCGUCGGCGGGGUGGUUUUUCAGAACAGCAUAGAAGGCAAAAGGAGACUUCUGGAGCAUGCCGGCCUCAUUGAUAGUCUAGUCAAUCAAUUAACUGGGGCUUCAGCUGCCGCUAGCACAGGAAUCAUCAAAAGCAUUUCCGACCCGGAGAAAGCGGGAGUAGUUGCCGACGCGUUCUCUUCGAGCUUGCGCAAUGUUUGGAUCAUGUAUACUUGUGUUGCUGGGCUGGCUCUCAUUGCAGGCGUCUUUAUCAGCAAGAACCCAUUAAGUGAGGAGCAUACCGAGACUCGGACGGGACUGAAGGAGGAAUGA